AUGGCGCCGACGCGGAUCGGGAUCAAUGGAUUCGGACGAAUCGGUCGAUUGGCGUUUCGUCUCUUGCACGACGACCCCGAGGUGGAGAUCGCGGUGAUCAACGAAUCCCCUGGGAGCGGGAAGUCGUGCGCGUACCUCGGUGAAUUCGACUCGGUGCACGGGCGAUGGGGGAAGACGAUCGCGUUCGACGAGGCGAAACAAACGCUGGAGAUUUCCGAUGGGCGUUCGAUCGCGUUUACGGGUGAGAGUGAUCCUUUGGAGGUGCCGUGGAGUGAUCUCGGGUGCGAGAUCGUUCUGGAGUGCACGGGGGCGUUUACGAAGAUGAAGGCGCUCGAGCGCGCCUACUUUGGCGAGCGACACGGCGGGACGGUGAAAAAGGUGGUCGUGUCGGCGCCGGUGAAGGAGGAGGGAGCGGUGAACAUCGUGUACGGGGUGAAUCAUGGUGAUUACGAUGCGGAUAAGCAUCGAGUGGUGACGGCGGCAUCGUGCACGACGAACUGCAUCGCGCCGGUGAUCUACACGAUUCACAACGAAAUCGGCGUGCAUCGCGGCUCGAUCACGACGGUGCACAACGUGACGAACACGCAGUGCAUGGUGGACGCCCCGAACACAAAGAAGGAUGAUUUAAGACGAGCGAGGAGUGGGUUGGUGAACCUAGCGCCGACAUCCACGGGCAGCGCGACCGCGGUGCAGCUCAUCAUCCCGGAUCUCAAGGGCAAGCUGAACGGCUUGGCAGUGCGCGUACCACUCACGAAUGGUUCGUUGUCCGACAUCGUCCUCGAGUUGAAGCGACCGGUGACGAGAGACGAAAUCAAUGCGCUGUUGAAGAAGCACUCUGAAGAGGGACCCCUCGUGGGAAUCAUGGGCUUCGAGGAGCAGCCCCUUGUAUCCACGGAUUUUGUCAACGAUUCACGCUCUGGCAUUGUCGACGCAGAAUCCACCAUGGUGAUCGAUGGCACGCACUUGAAGCUGUACGUCUGGUACGACAACGAGUACGGAUACUCGUGCAGGCUCGUUGACUGCGCCAAGAUGGUCGCGGCGUCGAUCAAGUAG